AGUAAUAUGGGGAAAUGGUCUGGGGUUGUAGUGGUACUGUUGGUUUUGAAUUUGUGUUUACGCGUUAGAGUUGCUCCCCAAGUUCCUCGCUACUUUAUCUUCGGGGAUUCAUUGGUGAAUAAUGGGAAUAAUAAUCGACUCUCGUCAUUGGCUAGGGUUAAUUACUUGCCUUAUGGGAUUGACUUCCCUAAUGGACCCACUGGAAGGUUUUCUAAUGGUAAAACCACCGUCGAUGUCAUAGCUCAACUUUUGGGCUUUGACAAUUACAUCCCGCCUUACUCCACCGCUAGCGGUGGACAAAUACUUGGAGGGGUUAGCUGCCGGGAUCAACUGGGAGCUCGAAUGAGUUUCAGCGGCAGGCAAUAUAACCCAGAGCAAUUUGCUGAUGUUCUUAUUCAAGAAUACACUCAGAAGCUUCAGGUUAAAGCACAGCAUCUCAUUUCCAUUGAUCUUUACACAUAUCCCCCAGUUUUGUCUCCCACAAAUCUCCUCUAUUGA